AAGACACCACAGCCACAGGUGAACAAAACCCUACUCCAACUUCAGCCCUAUAAAAGCCCCCAAGAUAAUUUCCAUUUAACCGGCCCACACUGUCACUCACUUUACCUCCUUUUGGCUUAAACCCUAGCCGCUUCUUCUUCUUCCUCUCUCUAAACCCUAAUCUCCGAGUCAAUUAAAAUGGCAUUUUGUAACAAAGUUGGGGGCCUCUUGAGGCUAAGUGUUUCCCAGAAUGGACAGGCUCCUAUUGCAUCUAUGCUUAAUUCUGUUCGUUACAUGUCAUCAAGCAAGCUUUUUGUUGGAGGUCUUUCAUACAACACUGAUGAACAGUCUCUGAAGGAUGCAUUUGCUGGCUUUGGUGAUGUAAUUGAUGCCAAGGUUAUUGUUGAUAGAGACACUGGGAGGUCUAGAGGAUUUGGGUUUGUUAACUUCACCAGUGAUGAAUCUGCCAACUCAGCACUGUCUGCCAUGGAUGGCCAGGAGCUUAAUGGGAGAAAUAUUCGUGUGAGUUUUGCAAAUGACAGACCUGCUGGCCCUCGAUCUUAUGGUGGUGGUGGUGGUGGUGGUGGUGGUUACCGUGGAGACAGAGGUUUUGGUGGUGGAGAUGCCUUUUGAGCUGUUGCAGCUUUUGCAAGCAUGAGAUCAGCUUGUUUCUCUUGCUAGUUGGCGCUCCUUCAGAAUUUUGGGUUGCUUGGAUUUUUUUCUUGGAUAAAUUGUUUUAACCAUGGAGUAUUGUAUGGUUUUGAUACAAAUUUGUCGUCAUUUAUUGCUAGUUAUAUAUAUUAGCAGCACAAUAGCCAAGUUCAAUCAUCAAAGGCAUUUGGAGUUUAA